UAGUGUUUUAGUAUCAAACUCGCGCAAGCGCAUUCGCUACACGUGAUAUUGCAUUGCUGGCAGACGACGUUUCGACUCAGCCCGUUGACUCUCUUGGCCUUUUUGAUUAUAUACACAACACAUCACUAUUACAUUGUGUCUCUCUCAUAAUUAACGUUGGAGUUCGGGAAACCAAAGCUUAGCAUAAGAAUUGAGAGAGGCCUGGGCCCGCUAAAUAAGACACGUUUUACCAACUCGAACGACAGCCAUUGAGUCGAAUAAAUUGCCAAAAUGAAUCGCAUCAAGAAGCUAUUCGCCAGCAAAGAAACUCGUGAUUAUUUCAUGAGCACACAUUUUUGGGGACCAGCAGCAAAUUGGUUAAUACCCAUAGCAGCUAUAGCUGAUAUUAAAAGAGAUCCCAAAUAUAUCAGUGGAAAAAUGACCUUUGCUCUGUGCCUAUAUUCACUGUGUUUCAUGAGAUUCGCAUGGAAGGUUCAACCACGUAACUUGCUGUUACUAGGCUGCCACUUUACAAACGAAGGUGCACAAUUAACUCAGUACUACAGAUUUUUAGAAUAUAAUUAUUGGACCAAGAAGGACGAACAAAAAUAAAGUGCAAUAUCAAAAAUAUCAUUUAUUCUAUGCACGGUUAACUGCCUAGAAACACUGAAAAUCAUACAAGACUCUCAGAAGAUGAGUUAAAAUACAGUAGAAACUUUCUUGUUUGUACUAUUGUUCAAGUUUUCAAGAUACCUUAGUACUUUUAAAGACUGUUAGUAGAUGAAAAAAAUUAUUUGUUUUAAAAUUGUGAUCUGUAAAUAAAUUAUAAUAGGAAAUCUAAUGAAAUGAACUUUUAUAGGUAUAUGUUGCAUAUUUAAAACAAAGAUUUGAUUUCUGUUAAGUAAAUUGCUUAUAUUGGUUGAUAUUUCUUUAUGCCAAAUGAACAAAUAAAUAUUUGUUUUACAAAUGAAA